AUGAACUACGUCUGGGACAGAUCAGAGGUAAACGGGCGGGCGGUUAUUUCUCAUUGCUGCACCCACAUUCGUGUGUUCUUUCUUUCUUUCUUUUUCACCUCUAGCCUCCUUAACUUUUUUUCCGUCCUUGUUUUCUCAUUUAAAUUCUGGUUGCUUCUUUCCUUUCUUCCUGACUACGGUGCUCCUCUUGCGAGAAAAAGUGCACUCCUGCACGAUGCUUCUGAAAAAGCGAAACUCACACACACGCGGAAAAACGAAAUCUGGAAUGGAAAAUGUUCAACAGGCGUGUUGGUUGGCGUCGGUGGUGAAGAGGGCGUUGAUGGUACUGGGGGCGAUGGUGGUGGCUUAGUAGCUAGCUGGGGAGGUACUGGUUUCAAUAGUGGUAGUGGUGGUAAUAUCUUCACCGCUCCUAAGGCACCCUCCUUUCUUGUUACUUGUACUCCUCCUUUCAGUUCGACUCCUCCCAUACCCACAUCUAUUCUUUUACCCUUCUUUCCUUCCUAA